UGGUGGGAUGGGUGGAUCUCAGAAAGAUGGUGAAAGUACGAGUGCGAAGCAGCUGGAGAAAACGUCAAUUUUUUUUUAUCAGUGGCAGUUUCUACCGAAAUCGUAAUUCGUCAUCUGCUUGAAACAAUUCAAUAGUUUGUUUAAUUGUCUUUAAUUCAAUUCUGAUCGGUAGAUAUUCAGCUGCGUGCUGAUCUGUUCUGAGUAGGACAUUUUAUAUCGUCGUAGGAGUUGCCCCGAGUUGCCCGUCCUUUGUUUCUGAAGUGCGUAUCGGAAAAGGGGGCGUCAGCCCUGCUGAUUGGUGAGGAAUAUGUCCAACCCUUUCGAAGAACCGGAUGACCUAUCAAAGCCGCCGUCGGGCUACGGCGGUGGGAAGAGUGACAGUGGAUUCCUUCUGCUAGAUCAUGAUGAUACGGAGAUCCUGGAGGGCUUCCUAUGCCCGAUCUGUAAAGCGGAUUUAAAAACACCGGAACGACUAACGGUUCACGUCGAACAACAGCAUUCGGAGGAGCAGGAUCUGCUGAAGUCAUUGAAGGAAAUGUUCAGCUUUGCGAAAAAGAAAAUUCUCAACUUGGACGAAACGGCCACAGAUUUGGCGCGGAGUUUAGACAGUUCCCUGCAGGUGGUUGGUGGUGGGAGGCAAGAGCGCGCCGUUGCGGUGGUGAAUCCGAUUUUGAUGUCCAUUGAUCAGAUGGUGGGUACGGAUUGUGACCAUAUGAGCUAUUUCAAGGCGGUACGGAAUCCUAGACUGGAGAGGUAUGCUUCCGAGACGAACAAGUUGAUUAUACGACUGGAUAAGCUGCUGGAUGGAUUGCCGAGUGAUAUGGAUGCGCGGAAGAAGCACGAGCAGAGCAAGGUGCCGUGGAUCGAUGGAAAGCUAGUGAAGUUGUGUCCGAGCUGUGCGAAAAGUUUUGGAUUGACGAGGAGGCAGCACCAUUGUCGGGUUUGUGGAUCGGUCAUGUGCGACGGAUGUUCGUUUCAUUUGUCGUUUGAGGAAGCCCGAGCGAUUGUGCAACCGGUUAGCCCGGGGCUGGAGGGGGCAAAAGCGGUUUCUGCGGUUGAAGAUCAGGGCAAGGAUCAUGAAGCGUCGGGUUUCAGAGUAUGUGAGCAUUGUUUGCAUCUGCUGAUGAACCGGAAGGAGAUGCAGGACUCCAGAUCGGAUCGGCCUUUGAUUACAAAGUUGUAUGAUAGACUGCUGCAGGAAAAGAAAGACAUCGAACCAGACAUUCCAAUGUAUUCCAAGAUAAUUGGCAGUUUGUAUGAAGGCGACGCCAUUUACCGGCUCUCAGACGCCAGUGCUUUGCGCGAGAAGAUUGGGCGGGCAGCAGAACGGAUCGAUAAUAUUAGUAAAACAGUUUUGUCCAUUCCGUUCGUGCAGGGGAGUCGAGAGGAAGCGUUGAAGAAAGCGAUUCGACUAUCGUGUGUUUCGUUUAUCAAAGAGCGUAUGUUGUCGAUUCCUCCACUGCCGGUUGAGGACGAGAUUAAGAAGAUUCAACUGCGAAAGAAGCAGGAGACCGCCCGAAGGAUUGAGAGGGAAAGAAGGCUGGCGCUGGAGGCUUACGAGCGGUACGAACUGCAAUCGGAGACGACGGCGAACUACAACGGUAGUUCAAGUUCCAGUACGGCUUCCACGGCGGAAAUGACGAACGGAAGGUUCUACGGGGCCACCACGGUGGCCGGAUCGGACAACUGGAGCGGCUACCAGGCGGCAGGAGUGGCCGUUUCGAGCAGUACCGAUCCAUUGAUAGAUCAGAUAAAUAUUGUUAAGGGAUAUAUUAAGCAAGCGAGGGAGGCCCUGCGGUUCGAGGAAGUUGAAACGUUAGAGCGAAAUUUGAGCGAGCUGACGCAGGAGUUCUACGAGCGACAGAGACGCACCGAGGCCGGUGCAAGCGGGCAAUAAAAGGGUCGAGAAGAGUAUUAGUCUUUCAGCUUUGAAUCAGAUACUGAAUAAAAUUUGUUUAAAUUG